AUGGACAGUGCAGAAUUCGAUUUAAAUAAUACUCUUCUCUCUUCAUCUUCGAUGUCAUCCAUCGAUUCCGAUGAUUACGACAAAGAACUUCGACUAGCUGCCGAACUUGGUCGCUGCUUGCUGGAGCGUAAUCAUGAGCUACAAAAUUAUAUUAAUCUUCUACAGAAACAAUUCGAUGAUAAGCAAUCGGAUAUGAAGUUAUUACAUUCGAAAUAUCUUGCUCUACGAGAACAGCUUGAAGCUAAAUGUAAACAAAAUGAAUUAUUAGACGCAGCAAAUGUUGAUCUCGAACAGGAACUUCGAUUACAACGACAUGAAAACGAGAAAAAUCGUCAACAUGUGAAGGAAUUGUUCGAUCUUUGCGAGAAAACACGAAAGCAAUGUCAUGAUAUUGAACACGAGUAUGGAAAAUUUCGGACGAAACAGUUCACAUCGUAUUUUCAUUUGAAACAAACGAAUUCUCCUUAUCAAACUUCGACUUUUUCUACACCGGUAUCGAGUAAACGACAACGAUCAAAUUCAUUUAGUCUAAAGCCAGUACCGAUUACUCCAACAUCUGUUAUUUCACCAGUAUCGCCGAAUCUAUUCGAUACUUCGCACACAUCGAUCUUUAAAUCUCAUCUAACAGAUCUAAAAUUACGUAUUAAUUCUUUGACAAUGGAAUGUUCCUCUCUGAACGAUCAACUACUUCAAUCCGAACAAGAAAAACUAGAUCUUGUGGAUCGUAUUACGCAAUUAGAGCGACAUUAUCGUGAUGAUAGUGAUUCUCUUCAAAACGAGAUCAAUUCCUAUCGAAAACUACUCGAAAAAUCUUCUCAUGACAACACGAAAUUUCUCCCAUCGAACAUCUAUUCACCAUCCGAACAUGAUCUCUCUUUGUACGACGAAGUUUCUCUAGAAAGUAAACCAUCGAAAUCUUCUUAUGAACCGACAAAUUACAAAGAUUUAUUCGCACGUGUCUACGAAAAACUGAAAACAAACGUUAGCAACAGUCCAAAAAUGACCAAUCAUUGA